CAAGGACCCCUCUGUAGCCUAACGUUGAUGCUCAUAGCGGAGUGCUGCUGAACCAUGCGCCUUGUUUUGCUGAAUCUUGGUUAUAGUUAAUAGAGUGACCUUUCUUUCAAAUAUAGAUACUACACUGCUUUUUGGCUGUUUCUAAGCUUUAUGAAGUGUUUGGGGCCUCCUAUUCUAAUUGUGCUGGGAAAGAUAGAUAAAGGCAUGAAAGACGUGAAGAAACUUUUGAAUCCCACAGAAGUGUUACUAGUUGUUGAUGCCAUGACUGGACUAGAAGCCGCAGCUCUGGUGGCACCAAUCAAUGUAGCGAUAGAAAUUACAGGAGCCAUUUUGACAAAGCGAGAUGGUGAUUCAAGAGGUGGUGCUGCUUUGAGUGUCAAGGAGGUUGGUGUGGCGGUUUAUACAGCAGGGACUGAUGUAAAACCUGCAGAUCUAACUAAAGUAGAGUAGUGUCUAUGUAUUUAUCAUGGAUGCUGCAGGGAGGCUUCAGAUAGAUAAAGGCAUGAUGGACGAAUUAAAAGACGUGAAG